GCGAACAUCAGAAGUUGGAGGAAAGUUGAAUGUAUAUGAUCAGAAGAAAAAUCAACCGGUACAUUGAGGACAGGACUGAAGUGCCUUAAUGCAGAGAUGGCUCCACGGAUGGAUGACGUCAUGCGUCUGUGCUGUGAACUAUCAGCUCACGAUCAGAUCAAAGUCGCGGUGAAAAACUCCACCAAAGGAGCGAUGGUGGCCGGAGGAACCGCCUUCGUAGGAGGGCUGCUGGCCGGCCCACCGGGAAUAGCUGUUGGUGGAGCAGUAGGUGGUCUCUUGGGCAGCUGGCUGACAAGUGGCCAGUUCAGACCUCUUCCUCAGAUCCUGAUGGAGCUGCCCCCCGCCCAGCAGCAGAAGCUCUGCAACGACGUCACGGCUGUUCUAGGUAACCUGAACUGGACGGAUGCAGCUCAGCUCAUCACCCUGGUGAUGGGCAACGUCACCCUCCAGCAGCAGGUCGUCGCAGCACUUCUUGGCUACGUCACAAAUGAACUGAAAGCAGAGGUGCGAUAUCCCGACUGAAUCAUGCUGACUCAUGGCCCGGCCUGACAAACACAACAGGACUAAAAGAUUUAUUUAUGUAUAUUUUGGAAAAACUGUGAAAAACAGCUUCUACAAUUGAAUGACUAUCAUAUCAAUCUGUCAACCUUUUGCUUUUAUCACUGUUUAUCUUCAAAAGAAGCUAAUCACUGACAUAUUAGGACUUUUCUACAUUACUCAAUAAUGAAUGGAUCAUGACCAGCUGCACAAAUAAUGUUUUGUACAACAUCAGUUUUCCUUUUCUUUUCUUUUUUUUAACUUGGUAAGGAAGGGUGCCUGUGGACUCAUUUAUUCUGGACAGGAAUAGAAUCGUAUCCUCACACUCUGUAUCAGGGUGUUUUUAUAAUAUUCCUCUGUUCAUGAAUGACAAAUAAAUAUUUGGCAAGAAAACAA